CUUUAGUAGUGAAGGCGCAAAUUGCUUUGAAAGCCGGUUUUGUGCAAAUUCUGACGAAGUUCUGGCCGCAAGAAUAUUUGCGUUAAAAUUCCCACGAUUGGAUUAGAUCCCUUGAUUUUCCUGUUUUUCCUCACAUUGAUUUCAGUUCUUGGCAUUCAGGGAAUUAACUAAAAUGAGUACUCCUUCCCCUGCUCAGGCACUUAACCUAGAUAAAAAUGCACAGAAGGCUUUUAUAAGUUACUACAAUGGUUUGGGAGAGAAACCUUUAACGACAAUUCGCUUCUUCAAUCGAGUUGAUUACUACACCGUCCACGGUCCGGAUGAUACUGAGCUUGUCUCAAAAAUUAUAUACCAUUCAACAGCUAACGUGAAGCAAAUGGCACCGGGUGAUGUCGAGCCAUUGCUGUACUUGACACUGUCCAGAGGUAAUUUUGAAAAUGCCAUCAGGGAGCUGCUCCUGGUGAGGAACCAUCGUGUCGAAGUUUAUGUGAAAGAGAAAAGCAACCGCCAAUCGGACUGGUCCCUGGAAUACAAAGGAUCUCCCGGAAAUCUCGUUCAAUUUGAAGAUGUUCUGUUCAACAGAAAUGACAUGGUAGCUGGUUCUGCAAUGAUCGCUGUAAAUCUGCGCAAUGAAGGGAAACAAACUAUGGUAGGGCUUGCUUGCGUUGAUUGCACUGACUGCGAAAUGUCCCUGACGGAGUUCCUAGAUGAUGACUUUUUCGCAGAGCUUGAAGCGACUAUCGUUCUAUUGGGUCCCCGAGAAUGCAUUAUUCCAAGUGGGGAAGGAGAAUACGGUCGAAUCAGAACUCUGAUGGAGAGGAACAAUGUCAUGGUCACCAUAAGGAAGAAGACAGAUUUCUCCAUUGCAUAUGACGAUAUUAUCCAGGACCUUAACAAAUUACUGCGGUUCGAAAAAGGUCAACAAGAGAGUGCAAAUACCUUGCCUGAAGUCAAUAAGAGGCUCGCGUUGUUUGCUUUAGCGGCGGCAAUCAAAUAUAUGGCAUUGCUAACUGACGACACCAACUUUGGGCAAUACAAAUUGAAGCUGUUAAACCUGAACAGAUAUGUUCAUUUGGAUGCAGCAGCUGUGCGCGCUCUCAACAUCUUGCCGAAACCUGGCACAAAUAUAACUAGUCCGGCUUACCGAUGGCAGAGUAUCCUCGGUGUUUUGGACAGAUGCCGUACCCCUCAGGGUCAUCGGUUAAUGGCUCAAUGGGUAAAGCAACCCUUGCGCAAUGAAGCUACCCUACAGGAUCGUCACAAUAUUGUGCAAUGCUUGCUUGACAGUCCCUCGGUCCUGCAAGACUUGUAUGAUGUACAAUUAAAGCGUAUUCCCGAUGUGCUGAUGCUAACCAAAAGACUAAUGCGAAAGAAAGCAACUUUGCAGGAUUUGUUCCGCACCUACCAGAUUAUUGUUCGAACUCCAACAAUCGCAACCGCUCUUGCCGACAUGGAGAACACUUCAGUGACAAAUAUUUUGAGUAAUCCUCUGCAGGAUACUCUUAACGAUCUGAAAAUGUUGAAGGAAAUGGUUGAACAGGUGAUCGAUCUGGAGGGCAUUCAAAAGGGGGAAUACUACGUGAAAGCGUCCUUUGAUUCCGACCUUGAAGAAAUGAAACAAAAACUUGAUAGAAUGGACUCAAAAAUGGACAAGAUGCACAGGAAAGCCAUUGAUGAUUUGGAGUUAGACAACAUCAAACUUGAAUUUGUUUCGCAUUUGGGAUACCAUUUUCGUAUCACUUUAAAAGACGAUGCCAUUCUCCGAAAAAGUAAGAAGUAUAGAGUGCUAGAUGUUAUCAAAGGGGGCGUGCGAUUCACAACUGAUGAAUUGAGUGAAUGCAGCCAAGAGACAGCUGAAAUUCGUGAAGCUUAUGAAGAACAACAAAAAUCAAUCGUGAAUGAGGUGAUUCGAGUGGCUAUCGGUUACUUGGGACCGCUCACAACUCUAAACUUUCAACUGGCCCAAAUCGAUUGCUUGGUUAGUUUUGCUAUAGCAGCAAAGAAUGCGCCGAUACCGUACGUGCGACCGAAAAUGCUUCCGGAAGGAUCUGGGAUAUUACAUCUGAGAAACAUCCGACACCCUUGCUUAGAAUUGCAGGAAGAUGUGUCGUAUAUUGCAAAUGAUGUGAAUUUUGCAGAAGGAGAAUCGACCAUGUACAUCAUUACUGGACCAAAUAUGGGCGGUAAGAGCACUUUUAUUCGCUCAGUGGGUACAACGGUUCUUAUGGCCCAUGUUGGCUCUUUCGUUUCUUGCGACGACGCUGUAAUUUCCAUGGUAGAUUCGAUUUUAGGACGAAUUGGUGCAGGAGAUAAUAUUGUAAAAGGACUUAGCACUUUUAUGGUGGAAAUGAUUGAAACAUCGGCUAUUAUUCGGACUGCUACCGAAAAAUCUCUGGUAAUCAUUGAUGAAUUAGGACGAGGUACAUCUACCUAUGAUGGUUGUGGGAUUGCAUGGGCAAUCGCGGAACACUUGGCUAAGGAAGUUCGUUGUUUUACGCUCUUCGCUACACAUUUCCACGAAAUCGCGGAAUUAAGUAGUUCAACGCCGACGGUUAAAAGCUAUUAUAUGGAUGCAGCGGUAGAAAAGGGACAAUUCACAUUGCUCUAUCGCCUCAAACCAGGAGUAAUUGAACGAAGUUUUGGCAUACAUGUUGCUAAAUUGGCUGAUUUUCCGCAACAUCUUGUGGAGUUGGCUGAAGAAAAGUACGAAGAAUAUGAGGAUCAUGUGAGAAACAUCACAUCCGAAUCAGACAAGGAACUUGCAAAAUACGUUGAGAAUACCGUUGAAAGGAUAUGGCAAACUGGUGGCGAUAUGACAGACGUAGAAAUGGAAGAAGUUAUGGAUGAUUGCAGGCGAAGAGUUACUGAAUCGAAAAGCGAGUAUUUCAAAAAAGCAUUCCCUGACUUGUUUAUGGAAUAGAAUUUAGGCUUAUCUACAGGGUACAACUUUUAUGAUUUUUUAACCCCUUCUGACAUGCGGGUACUGUUAUCUCUAAAGUUAUGUUUAUAUUGAAUUUAGUUCUUGUUUUAUAUGCAUACAUUUUUGUUAUACAGAAAUGAAAUUAUUUUUAUUCUAAUAGAAUAAAAGCAGAUUCUGAACUAUUGAAA